UAGAAGCCAAAUAUAGCAGAUCAUGAACUUUAAAAUGACUUUUUCAUUUUUUAAGUUGCAAGUGUUUUUAUUAAUUCUAAACUGAUUUUAGUACUACUCCUGUUAGAAAAUUACAGGUUUCAUAAGCAAAGCAUUUGUAAGCAUUAGUUACUGUUAUUCAGAUAAGUAUAUAUACAUUGCAUCUAAGGUUAGUAUUAAAAGGGUUUUUUUUUUCUUUUUUUUUUUUGAGACUGAAAACAUUUUUGUUCAGUCCCAUAAAUUUUUUAUAAAUUGCCUAAAAGGCAUCUUUGGGAUUAGAUCCUUUCAAGGCAUUAGUUGUUGAGGAACCUUAUUGAUGAGUGGGUAUGGACCGUUUUUAAUUCAAGCUGAUUACGUGUUGUAGAGUUCUGUUUUCCUGUGUUUAUUUGAGAUUGAGUGGAGUCUUGGAGGGUUACAGAAUUGUUUGCUUCACAAGUAGGUAGCUUCAGGACAGGAUAGAGAACACUCAUUGUGGAACAAAUUUCAAUUCGCACAUAUUUGUUUUUUUUUUUUCUUUUUCUUUUUCUUUUUUGACUAAUUUGGUUAUUUGCCAUUUCUGGGGAUUAAACUUUAAAAAAUGUUCUUCUUUUCUGUAUCUGAUGUUCUGUGUGCUAUUAGUGACGCAGCCAACACGAACGGUUGUCAUGUGUAACACAACUUUCGAUCACCGCGAAAACAGCGUCCUGGGAAAGCGUCCAUGCUUGAUAUCGUUUGGUUCAUGAACAUUAAGUUUCCAGUACAGGUAAAAUCCCAGAGGAAGCCAAAGCCCUGUCUUUACUGGCUCCUGCUCCAACCAUGGCAAGCUUGGUUCCGGGUGCAGGACUGCUCCCCAUACCGACCUCCAGUCCUCUGACGGCAGUGAGUAGUCUUGGUGUCUCACUUAGCAGUUUGGGAGCCAUACCGGCAGCAGCACUGGACCCAAAUAUUACCACACUUGGAGAGAUCCCACAGCCACCGCUUAUGGGAAAUGUGGACCCUUCCAAAAUUGAUGAAAUUAGGAGAACAGUUUAUGUUGGAAAUUUGAAUUCACAGACAACAACAGCUGAUCAACUACUUGAAUUUUUUAAACAAGUUGGAGAAGUGAAGUUUGUUCGGAUGGCAGGUGAUGAGACUCAGCCAACUCGGUUUGCUUUUGUGGAAUUUGCAGACCAAAAUUCUGUGCCGAGGGCCCUUGCUUUUAAUGGCGUUAUGUUCGGAGACAGGCCGCUGAAAAUAAAUCACUCCAACAAUGCAAUAGUAAAGCCUCCUGAGAUGACACCUCAGGCUGCAGCUAAGGAGUUAGAAGAAGUAAUGAAGCGAGUGCGGGAGGCUCAGUCAUUUAUCUCAGCAGCUAUUGAACCAGAGUCUGGAAAGAGCAAUGAAAGGAAAGGCGGUCGAUCUCGUUCCCACACUCGCUCAAAGUCCAGGUCUAGCUCAAAAUCCCAUUCUAGAAGGAAGAGAUCACAGUCAAAGCACAGGAGUAGAUCCCAUAACAGGUCACGUUCAAGACAGAAAGAUAGACGUAGAUCCAAGAGCCCACAUAAGAAACGCUCUAAGUCUCGGGAGAGGCGGAAGUCACGGAGCCGGUCACGGUCUCGGGACAAGAGAAAAGAUACCCGUGAAAAGGUGAGGGAAAAGGAAAGAGUGAAGGAGAGAGAGAGAGAAAAGGAGAGAGAAAGGGAAAAGGAUCGUGAAAAAGACAAGGAACGGAGUAAAAACAAAGACAAAGACCGUGAGAAAGAAAAGGAUCAUGAAAAGGAGCGAGACAAAGAGAAGGAGAAGGAACAGGAUAAAGACAAGGAACGAGAAAAAGACAGAUCUAAAGAGACAGAUGAAAAACGGAAGAAGGAUAAGAAGUCCAGAACACCACCCCGAAGUUACAAUGCAUCAAGAAGAUCUCGUAGUACCAGCAGGGAAAGGCGGAGGAGGAGGAGCAGGAGUUCUUCCAGAUCACCAAGAACAUCAAAGACCAUAAAGAGAAAGUCUUCCAGGUCUCCAUCUCCCAGGGGCAGAAAUAAGAAAGAUAAGAAGAGAGAAAAAGAACGGGACCACAUCAGUGACAGGAGAGAAAGAGAGCGUUCCACCUCCACAAAAAAGAGUUCUGGUGACCGAGAUGGGAAGGAGAAGGUGGAGAAGACCAACACGCAAGUUAAGGAGAAGGCAGAUUCCAGUGUGAGCAAAGAUGCAGGGGACAAGGAGUCACCAAGGACUGAGGAAGAAAACAAAGUGCAGCAGAAUGGGAAUUGCCAGCCAAAUGAAGAGAGCCUCUGUAGCCAAGCUGACGCCGUGUAGGCCCGCCAGCUGCAUCUCCCUCCAGGUGGGAGCAAACCCAAAGCUUUCAGUUCACAGCAAGGUGGAAACGGGAAGAAACCCAUGAGUGGAAACUAACAGCUUUUCCAGCUAUGAGGUGACAUUGUGGACAUCUUGUUAUGGAGCGUGGACAUCAUGAAAUGCCAGAUGUCCCCAAACUCACCAUCUUCUGAAGUCUGCGUUUCCAUGGUGGCUGUCACACUUGUCAUGCAGUGCAUUAGUGUUUGCCAGGAGCAUUGCAAAGAAAUUGAACAUCAAAGAUGCAGAGUGGAGCUAUCCCUAAAGACUAGAGAUGAGCAUUGGAGGCGCUUACAAAAUGCUAGUUACUGACUUUUGUAUUGUUUUACUUUUUUAAAAAAAAAUUGAAUAUGUACAGUUUGAUGUGCUUGAAAUUUGUGCAGAUAUACACACUCUUGUAAAGUGCAAAGUAUGUAAGAAGUUUUAACAUUCACUUCACAGGGCUUACAGUGAUUGUGGUAAAUUCUCACUAUUGUGUUUUCUUUUGCUCACUGUUUUGGACAUCAGUUUUUCUUUAAAACAGUUUCUACAGAUUAAAGCUGCCUAAAUAUGUGGAUUAAAAACCAACUGACAAUGCAUGCUACUGUUCUCUUUCAAAAAAAAAAGAACAACUGUGUCGAAUACUACUAACAUGUCAGUAUUCGAUGUCUGCCACAAAAUGAGCGUUUCUUCUUAAACUUUGUUGACAUUUUCAAGCUCAUGAAAAAAAUUUGCAGUGUGUCUUGCCAGCCAUAGGUGGCAAAGAUGCCUUUAUAAAAAGGAAACUGAAUUUUCAAAAUGGGCUAGGGAGCACAAGCUGAAGCUUUAGUGCCUUCUACAAUGUGUGGUGUGCUGCUUUCUAGGAUCUUCUGUGUGCCAGUCAUUCUCAGUUCAUAUGGAAUCUAGAUGGCUGUGUUCUAGUCACACCCAUUGGGAAGUGUGUGCGUCGUGUGUCAGAAGCACUUCUUAAUUCAGUUAAGUAAAGUCCUGUUUACAAGACUUGGGGAGUUUCAGACAACAAUGUAGUUUUGGGACCACCAGUUUUCUACUGUGAUGAUUAAAAAGGAGACAUGCUCUUAGAUCAGAGGAAACCUACCGAUUGACUUCAUUGGAUGGCCUUAAUAUUACCUCGCAGUCAUUUUCUCCUAAUGAUGCCGAGAUUAUUUUUAAAGGGAGGACUGGGAUCAUAUGGAGGUGGUUUUGUGUUUAACGAUUUGCUUAUGCGAGUUUAAGACACAGGGUCAUCCAUCAAUCUUGGGCUCAGCUUUUUGCAGAAGGUAUGAAAGUAGUAAAAUGACAUCUGUGUUAAUGUUUUCUUCAAAACUAUAAAUUCUAAUUAAUGCACUCUUCAUUAUUGUUAAUAGUUCCAAAACAAACAAAAACCCACUUUCAAUUUGCAAAGGUUAUUUGAAAAUCAAGUGUAAUUAUUUUAAUACAACCUAAUACAAUCAAAUUACUUAGUUGCCUUACCUCACGGGGGGAAGAGUUACUUUCACAGAUUUAAAAAGCCAGGUAGCACUUUAGUUAUUUGGUUUCAACUUGAGUCUUGUUUUCACAUUAAUACUGUUGAAACUAUAAUUUGAAGAAUAGAAAGGCCCUUUCUGCAAAUCAUAAAGCCUGGUUCGAUUAUGAAGCUGCUUGAUCAUCUUCAGGUGUUCAGAAUUACUGUGUGUAUAUGUGUGUGUUCUUUUUUGUCACUGUGUACAUUAAACUUUUGGAAAAUACUUUACUAUGUAAAGUAUAGAUGGCCAUUUAAAUCACUUAGCCACAUACGGUUGGCUGGUAAACAGCUUAUUCUGAUACAGAAAUACUUGGGCACCUGUGGAAAGAUUGUGAAGGAGUGUGUCUCGCUUCAACCGCUGUCUUAUUUAUGAUAUGUAAGUAGAAUAGAGCAAAUGUUUGAAUCUUUGUUAUUUUUUAGUACCAUUUCUCUAAUAAAGUUGAGUAUUUUAGAGGAAAGACUCUUUAGUUUCAUCCUGCUCUUGUUUUGUUUGGCAUAUGGAGUCCGGGACAAUGCAGGCUUUUGCAUUGUCUCUAAAACAGCCCUUUGAAGUUGAGGUGUUUUCCUCCCCUGUGGACCGUUAAAAAUGUUUUCAUGGUGGAUGUUAACAUUUAAUUCCUACUGCUAAGUACUUUUUAUGCAGGUAUUUAUUUUGCUUAAAUAAUCAUUAAUGUAGAAAAUGGUUUUGAAAACUCAGAAUGACUAGGAACACAAGCAAAAGUGAAUUCAGAUGCUGUAGAAUUUGUUUUUCUUAGAAGCAACACUCGCUGGCAUGAGGGAGACAGGUACGCCUAUUUGUUUUUACUCAUCUACUGUUUUUUGUUAAGGUGUUUUAUUUCUUUCAAGAAUAUUGUUUUUCACCCAAGAUAGAUGGCUGUCAGGACAACCUGAGGUAAGCUAAGAGGAGCCGCUCUGACUGACGGCAACUGUGGUUGUUCUUUUCCUCACUGUGGACAGUCUGAUGCUGUGGACAGCUUCCCUGUGCACACUGAGCUGGUGUAGGCACUAACCUGCUGGCUUCACAGUGAAGGACUAGCUAACUUAGACAAAAAAACCACUGCUCAGCCUGUAAUCUCCAUGUUUAGAAUUCUUUUUUUGAACAGAUUCAGUGUCUGUUAUGUAUUUAUCUUUAUGUUAAAGGCUUAAAUUACAAAUAAAAACCAAUGUUUAUAAUCAGGAUGAUUUAUUUUUUUGGUCAAGAAAAAUCUGUUUUAAAAUGCUAAUGUCAUUGUUUAGUUUGUGUGGCUUUCAUUUUAAAUGUUAAAAAGAUCCAGCCUUUUAUCUAGACCUGUCUUAACCUAUGAGGUUAUUUAAAUUUAGGGGUUAUGAAGCUCACUAAUAGGCUUUAAAAAUAAUUCCAAUUUACAGUGAAUUACAGAUAGAGUAUGAUUUCAUGUUAGUUGAGUCAGCAGCUAGUAUCAGCCUUUUUGGAGGAAUGCAUUGAGUAAUGGAGCAUCUCUGUGAGUCACUGGAAAUAGGAUUUGAUUGAGUUGGUCAUGAAGCUGAGCUAGCUCCAUGAUGUAGAAGUUCAGUGGCUGUACAUAUGUAUUUGUGUUUUUCCCACCUUAACGUUUUCUCAUGUUUAGCUAAUAGUCAUUUGAAUUAUGUUCAAGUUCCCAAAUUUAAUGGUCUUCAAAGGGCAUCAUUUUGUUCCUGGAAGCAGGAAUCUAAAUGUAACAAAAUAAUCUUUAAAAAUAAAACUUGGUUCCUACUUAAUUUGUAGGUCAGCCUUUCAAUUUCCUUUGUCUUUUAUUGUAUGAUUAAUGAUCUCACCUGAAGAGUGAGCGAUACAUAAAUUAAAAUUGGAAAGCUAAAGCCAUUUAUGACUUCUGGUCCAUAACCAGGUUAGAUUUAGUAGUAGAUCUUUUUACAUUCCAGGCUAAGAAAUGUUAGUAAUUUCUGUAAUUGAUUUGUUUAUGGUUAAUUUUUUUUUCCCUCACUUUAAGGAUUGAACCCAGGGCUUCACAUCUGAAGUGGUCUGUCACUGAACUGCAGCCCAGCUCAUAACAAUGUAUUUUAAAAGUAGGUUUUUAGUCUGUUGCCUGAUGUUUAGGCUUACUGGCAGCUAACAUUUUCAUUUGGAAAUUUGCCAAUUUGGGGAGAGAUGAUAUUUAAAUUCUAGGUUGAGAAUGGAGUAGUGGUCUCUUUUUGUUGUCUUUGUUUUGUUUUUGUUUUUCUAAUAGAGACAUUCCUGACUAUUUAGGUUCAGAUUCAUCAAACUCAUACUGAAAGAAUUGUAGAAUUCUACUAGUAAAUGGUACCAGUAGCCAACACAUAAUGGGGGAAUAAUCCAGAGAACUGAUUUCCAUACAAGAUUGAAUAUGCUGUGUAAUUGUAGAGGUCAGUUUUGUAAUUAAAAACACCUUCUUGGUCUCAAGUAGUUUAAUAGAACAGUAUUACAGAUCCUCAAAAGGGAAAAGUUAUUGUAAGCAUAAAGAUACUGCCUAGGUGUGAGUCUGUGAGUAGAAGUACUUUUACAUGCUAUUAGUAAAGAGCUAUCAAAUGAUGCAAUUAUGAUGCUAUAUUUUUAAUAAAAUGAAAAUCUUGAAA